UGAAGAAUACAUAAGCUAGAAAACGCAAACACUCCCUUCCAUUGACGACGAAUGUGAUAAUUUCUACACAUUAUAUAUAAUCUGCAGUCUGAGAGAGUGCUCAUCAUUUAGUUUUAAUCCGUUAAUCGCAUCACUUCAAAAUGUUUAAAAUUAUUUGCAUACUCGCUCUAACUGUGACCAGUGUCAUAAGUAUUCCUGUGGAAUCCAGUACUGGAUCUAAAGGUUUGGACAGGCCUUCGCCGAUCAACCCGGAUGUCAUAAGUGAACCAAAACCAAAAGAAGCCUCUGCAAAAUCUCCCGAACCGAAACCAAAGGAACCCUUUGUAAAAUCUCCUGAACUACCACCAUCUACGCCAGAAAGCCACAUACAAAAAAUCCCAGCAAAAGGAGCGAAAUUAAGUUCUGAAGUAGAUCAACACAAGCAGACACGCAGAAGAGCAUCAAACAAGCAAGAGCAGCAGAUUAGUACAUCGACUUCAACGUCUACUUCCACUUCCACAUCUACCACAACCCAAAGUCCAUCGACUGCCGCACACGAGGCCUCAAAGACUUCCCAAGCGACGAACAAGAAAGUAAAGCGUCAGGUUGAAUCAACUGAAACAACAACAGCGCGCGCCGCAACUUCUACCCGUGCUCCAAUUGCCAGCAGUGCCGACGAAAACGAUAACACUCCUCCACAUUUUGUCCGGCCAGUUCCGGUAGAGCAGAUCCUGAAGAAUGUUCAUGACGCACCAAAGCAUCACGAGCCAUCUCAGGUGGUCUCGCUACAUGAUCACGUGAAUUCCGCAGCCCCAACUACUGCUGCACCAGCCGACAGUGAGGAUGAGCCUAAGAACAGCGGCGGUCAUAAACUGCACCACGCAUACCAAAAGAAGAAGAGCGAAGAUCAGCCUUCUGAAGAGGAUAAGCCUUCCGAAGAAGAUAAAAAAGAUCAGUAAUUUAAGUUUAUCUUGUACAGCUUUAAAUAUGUGAUAUAAGAAAUAGAAAAUCAAAUCAAAUGCCAAUUCUUUACAGGUAUGUUUUGAAUCAUACAUAUUCUCAAAAGCAAUCAUCAAGGUUUUUACAAAUACACAAAUUAAAAUCAA